AUGAAUAUUAUAAAAACAUUUAGGCUAUUAAAUAGAUUCCGUUUUUCGCGAUAUUUACAAAGUGGCUAUGUUUUGCCAGUGAAUCAUUUUAUGCCCAGGAAGCGUUUUGCUUCUGAUUAUGUGGCAACGAAGUCUUUAAAAGUAACAAUUUGUGGAGCUGCAGGAAAUUUAGGACAACCCUUGUCUUUGCUUUUAAAACAAUGUCCACUAUUUGAUGAAAUCGCUUUAUAUGACAUUGCACCUGUUUGCGGAAUUGGGACAGAAUUGGGCCAUGUAGAUACUAGCUGUUUAAUAAGUGCCUAUCAAGGAACGAAAUCAUUAAAAGAUUCUUUAAAAGAUGCUAAAAUUGUUUUAAUUCUUGCAAGUGCUCCUAUUAUGCCAUCCAUGACUGUGAAAAGCAUGUUUGAUGCAAAUGCAAAUAUUAUUUGUGAAAUUGGAAAGGCUUGUGCUACGCAUUGUCCGAAAGCAUUAUUAGGUGUUGUAACUACUCCAAUUAAUUGUAUUGUUCCUAUGAUUUCUGAAAUAUUCAAACAAUGUGGUUGUUACGAUCCAAAUAAAAUUUUGGGAAUAACAACAUUGGAUUCAGUUCGCGCCAAUACUAUGGUUGCAAAAGUAGCUUGCUUGGAACCAGAAGGCGUCGUAGUGCCAGUUGUCGGGGGACAAUCUGAAGAUACCAUCAUACCUGUACUAUCGCAAACUAAUCCCUGUUUAAUUUUGGAACCAGAAGAAGUAGAAAAUAUUACAAACGCGGUUAAAACUGCUUCAAAUGAUAUUCAUCUCACACGAUACGGCCAGAGUACUCCAGCUUUAUCCUGUGCUUUUGCAGUAGCAAGAUUCACUAUUUCUCUCGCUAAAGCAUUAAAUGGCGAAAAAGAAAUAGUGGAAACAGCAUUUGUCAGAUCUGAUGCAGUCAGAGAAUGCAAAUAUUUUGCAACACCAGUAGUUCUAGGCCCAGAAGGAGUUCAGCUGAACUGGGGACUACCUUCUAUGAAUAAAUAUGAGUCAUGCAUUUUGGGAACAGCUGUUAAAAAUUUGCAGAAACAUAUUUGUUAUGGUGAAUCCUAUGUAAGAAAAGCACGUAUUUGCAAACCAGACUGCGUUCUGGAUUGUCCUGAAGAUAAAAAAAUGAUAGACAGAUCCAAACUUAAAGCGUAA